AUGGCCAGUUCCCUUCUGCAGUUGGUAGAGAUCUCUGCGUCUCAGUUUCUGGAUAUUUUUCAUCAUUACGACAAUGACGGAAACGGUUUCAUCGAAGGCAAAGAGCUGCAGAGUUUCAUCAGAGAGCUGAGAGAGGCUCGACAGCAGGCGGGACUGGAUCUGACUGAUGAGAUGAGACAGUUUGUGUGUGAAUAUGAGAAGAACUCAGAUCGGAGGAUCAGCCUGGUUGAACUGGUCCAGGUUCUACCCACAGAAGAGAACUUCUUGUUGUUCUUCAGACAGCAGCUCAGUUCCUGCUCACACUUCAUCCAGGUGUGGAGACGUUAUGACGUUGAUAAGAGCGGAUACAUCGAGGCCAAUGAGCUGAAGAACUUCCUGAAGGAUUUGCUGCUGACGGCUCAGCAAACAUGUGACGACACGAAACUGGAUGAGUACACAGCUACUACUUUAAAGAUUUUUGAUUCAAACGCUGAUGGAAAACUCUGCUUAGCAGAAAUGUCCAGGUUGCUGCCUGAUAAGCACAACGUCCUGCUCAUGUUUGAGGGAGUAAAGAUGUCCAAACUUGAGUUCAACAGGAUCUUUGAUUUAUAUGAUCAGGAUGGCAGCGGUUUCAUGGAUGACUCACAGCUGGACUCUCUGCUCACUCAUCUGUGUGAGAAAAACAACAAGGUGGCGCUCUCUGCAGACCUCCCUCUCUAUCACUCGUCCAUCAUGGAUUUAUCAGAUGGAGGGAAACUGUACCGCAGUGAACUCUGUCUGCUGCUCUGCCAUGAAGACUGACACUCUGCAGGGACACACUCGCUUUUUUCCUGGCUCCUCCCACUGCAAACAAACCUGUCAUAAUGUCUCACAGGCCACACCCCCUCCUCC